AUGGUCUCCCGCGGCGCCUCGUCCCGCCCCGCCCUCGCCCCCCUCUCCGCGCACGCCCUCUUCUCCCCCGCCCUCGACUCCGGCGACCUCUCCUCCGACGAUGGUGACAGCCUCCACACCCCCCUCACCGAGCACAACGACGACGCCCUCGCCUGUCUUCCUCGCACCUCUACCGACCGCUUCGACCGCGACGGCUACCUCGACUCGAGCCCCAGUCGCUCGCCCCGCCUCUUAGCGGUCCCGCCAAACGCGACUCACGCCUUCGUGGCCUCGCCUGUCCACGAGGACCCGUCGCUCUCCCUCGGUCGCACGUACUCGGAGCGCUUCCACGAAGACCACGUUCUCAACCCCUUCUUCGUAGAGCACUAUCGCCUCGAGGACGAACUGGGCGCCGGCGGCUACGGCUUCGUCAUGACCGCCCGACAACGCGCGGACGGUCAGGAGGUCGCGGUCAAGUUCAUCAUCAAGGACAAAGUCCCAGAGCACGCAUGGUGGGAAGACGAAACUUUCGGGCGCGUCCCCACGGAAGUCAUGCUCCUCAGUCUCGUGAACCACGAGAACAUCGUCAAGUGCCUUGAUCUCUUCGAGGACGAGGUAUUCUUCUAUUUGGUCCAGGAGCUUCACGGAACCCCAUGGGUGUCAAGGAAGCAGAAGAAGGACAAGCGGUCGUCGGUCGCUGGGGCCCUCUCUGUUCCGCCAACAGAGACUCCGACGCUUUCCCCGUCCGCUUCCGUGGGGUCCAGCAUAGGUUCAGCACCGCACACGCCCCUCCAGACUCCCUCCGACGCCGAUCGUCUAUCGUCCCUUCCCCUGAGCACGUCGGCCGACGGCCUCUCGGACCCCCUCGACGAUGCGCUCCUCCGCCUCCCCUCCGCCUGCCCGCCGAAAUUCACGCGCCGCGCAUCACACGAUCUGUUUGAGUGCAUUGAGCAGAGCAAGCACAAACGGCUAUCGGAAGAUCAGGCGCGCUACAUCUUCGCACAGGUCGUGGAGGCCGUCUACUACCUCGACAGCCAGGGUAUCACGCACUGCGAUAUCAAGGACGAGAACCUGGUCAUCGAUGCUGAUCUCAAGGUGAAGCUGAUUGACUUUGGCAGCGCUGUGGUCGCAGACCCGUCGCGCCCUCGCCCCUACUACACACUCUUCUUCGGGACCACUGCGUAUGCAUCGUCGGAGAUCCUUCAGAAGCGGCCUUACCAGGCCCCGCCUGCGGAGGUCUGGACCCUCGGUGUCCUUCUCUCCUACCUUGUCACCGGCCACUCUCCAUUCCCAAAGGAGUCGGACGCGCGAGAAGGCCGUAUCGUCAUCCGGGAGCCCAAGUCGCAUCGCCUCAACAAGGACGCGAUCCGGCUCAUGACGCGCUGCCUGGAAAAAGACCCCGAGCUCCGCGCGGACAUCCACGAAGUCCGCAACCACCCUUGGGUUCGCGGCGCUCUUGACGAGUGCGACUAG